GCCCCCUCUCUCAAGUCGGAACGCGGCGACGUGCCUGCUGGGAGAGGCUCGCUAGGUCUAGCAUCGUCUGUGCUUCGCAUCCCGCGGACGCGGUUCGGAGUUAACCUCGCGCCUUGCGCCCCCUCGCGCCCCCUCCCGACUUCCAGUGGGUCGUGGGGCCCCGAGCGGCCAGCGGUCGUCCAGAAAAAGCAUCCUGAGGAGGAAGACGGCUUGUUACACACCUUAAAGUCAAGGAUGCCAUCCAGGAGAUCCCAUUACAUUUCACUGUCAUGUGCCCUUAAGCUCCUCUUGGCUGAGACAGUUUCUCAGACUUCCCUUGUUUCUGAUGACCUUGACGGUUUUGAGAGGUACAGGCCUGCCGCAAAAGCUUCAGUUCCCUAAGGAGCCCGUAAAGAAGAAACUCGAAAUUACCCAUAACUGUACCAUCCAGAGCUAAUUGCUGUUGAUUUUUUGAAACCCCAAGAGGACUGAUCAGUUCUUGAUUCUAACACUAUGGCCCACGGUCUGGUGACGUUCUCAGAUGUAGCCAUCGACUUCUCGCAGGAGGAGUGGGCGUGCCUGGACUCCUCGCAGAGGGACCUGUACUGGGACGUGAUGCUGGAGAACUACAGCAACCUGGUGUCCCUGGAUUUGGAGUCACCAUAUGGGACCAAGAGUUUACCUACAGAAAAGGGCAUUUACGAAAUAAAUUUAUCCAGAUGGAACUCAAAUGGAAAAAGUAAAUCCCUGGGCCUUAACUGGAUGUGUGAAGGUGAGUUUGAAAGAUCACAGGGCCCUCAGCAGGGCUGUUUGAAUCAAGUGAUAACCAACCAUGAGAAAACGCCCACUUGUAGAGAAAAUACCUCUGGUAGACCACACCAGAGACCUCAUGCUAGGGAGAAUUCCUAUGAAUGUAAGGAAUGCGGGAAGGCCUUUAGUCGUGGCUACCAGCUCACUCAGCAUCAGAAAAUUCACACGGGGGAGAAACCCUACGAAUGUAAAGAAUGCAAAAAGGCCUUUCGUUGGGGCAAUCAACUCACGCAACACCAGAAAAUCCACACGGGGGAGAAACCCUAUGAAUGUAAGGACUGCGGGAAGGCCUUCCGCUGGGGCUCGAGCCUGGUCAUUCAUAAGAGGAUCCACACAGGCGAGAAGCCCUACGAGUGUAAGGACUGCGGGAAGGCCUUUAGACGUGGUGACGAGCUCACCCAGCAUCAGAGGUUUCACACGGGGGAGAAGGACUACGAGUGCAAAGACUGCGGGAAGACCUUCAGCCGUGUGUAUAAACUGAUCCAGCACAAGCGAAUUCACAGCGGCGAGAAGCCCUACGAGUGUAAGGACUGUGGGAAGGCCUUCAUCUGCGGCUCGAGCCUCGUCCAGCACAAGAGGAUCCACACUGGCGAGAAGCCCUACGAGUGCCAGGAGUGCGGGAAGGCCUUCACGCGAGUCAACUACCUCACUCAGCAUCAGAAGAUCCACACUGGUGAGAAACCACACGAGUGCAAGGAGUGCGGGAAGGCCUUCCGCUGGGGCUCGAGCCUCGUGAAGCACGAGAGGAUUCACACGGGUGAGAAGCCUUACAAGUGCACAGAAUGUGGGAAGGCCUUUAACUGUGGCUACCACCUCACGCAGCACGAGCGGAUCCACACGGGCGAGACGCCUUACAAAUGUAGGGAGUGCGGGAAGGCCUUCAUCUACGGGUCGAGCCUUGUGAAACAUGAGAGGAUUCACACAGGGGAGAAGCCCUACGAAUGUAAAGAGUGCGGGAAGGCCUUCAGUCACGGCCAUCAGCUUACGCAGCAUCAGAAGAUUCACACGGGUGAGAAGCCCUUUGAAGGUAAGGAGUGUGGGAAGGGGUGUCACCAUGUGAACCAUCUUCGAGAACAUGAGAGAAUUCACACUGCUGGAAAACCUCUUGAACACAAAGAACAUGCAGAAACUUCCAUCCCACAUUCCUCCCUUCCACAACACAAGGAAAACCCAUGAUACGAUUUAACACGAGAAAGCCUUCACCAGACACCCUUCUGCUCACAGGACCUCAGAGGAGUCAUGCUUGAGGCAGACUUGGAGAAUGGAGAAAUCACUUUUUCGUAGUGAUCACCGUAUACCCCGUGUAGACUUUUUUGUUUUGUUUUUUACUGAAUUGGUUAGUGCAGUGAGUGGAUAGAAGCCUCCUAGUACCACUCGAUGUCUGUCUCAUUUCAGACUUGUUCUGGGGAAUAACUCCACCAAUGUAACAUAUGCGGGAGAGCCUCCCGCCAUGGUACACUCCCUCCCUGUUAUCGUCACCAUCCCACCGCUUUACUCCCUGUGAUUCACUGGGGAAGUGACCUGGUACCCCCUGUGCGUUAUGUGUGGAAUGGGGAUAAUUACACCUAAUACUGCUGUUGUGGUGACUGCGUCUGGUACUUGUAAACUCUUUGAAAGUGUAUCUGGAAUAUCACAUAAGCUCAAUAAAUAUUAGCUGUUGUUGUUCUUACCAUCAUUA